GAUCAUUGGCAAGUUACGUCCGACGUAUGGUGACGCUCCUCUCAUCCAUGUGACAUAUGAGGACCAAGCAGUGGCCGACUUCAAAUCGCUGUUUAUGAGGCUCCAUGGGUUGCUGCCAACGUCUGACAAGCAUAACUACCUGAAGGACUUUAAAAACGUUUAUGUCGCUGCAUGUGGCACAUCAUUUUAUGAGCAAUGUUUACCCAAUGAAUUUGUCAACUUUGGGUUUUCCUCCACCGCGAUGCACUGGUUAAGCCGGGGGCCAUGUUCUCUUCCUGACGCUGUGUUCCACAUGGUGAGCAGCUGUGAGGAGGUGAAGGAACAGUUCGCUAAACAGGCCGCUCAGGACUGGGAACUGAUCCUCCUUCUGAGAGCAAGAGAACUGGCACCAGGCGGCCGUAUGGUAAUAAUCUGCCCUGCUGACAAAGAUGGAUACUUUGGAGGCGGAAGAUGGGACAGUGGGAAGGUCAACGUGUUCCAAAAACUGUCGUCAAUGUGGCACACUUUUGCAAUGCGUGGGAAAAUAACUAAGGAAGAAUUUGUCAACACCAACGUAUUUGCAUAUACGCGAACUCCAGAAGAAAUGCAAUCCCCCUUCGUCAACGAGGAUUCACCAGUGCGGAAGGCUGGACUGGCAUUGGUUAGAAUGGAGACAAAGCAUACUCCAUGCGCUAUCCACGCUCGAUGGCAGAGAGAGGGAGGGAACGCGCGCAAGCACGCUGAACAGUUCGUUAACAUGUUACGCAGCUGGAGUACCCAUGCAUUCUACGCCGGACUUUCAGACGGACGCAGUGAGGAAGAAAAAACGGCAAUUCUGGAGUCCUUCUACAAUGAAUACGAGAACGAAGUCGCAGCAGCUCCUGCAAAAUAUAGCUUUGAACAUAUAAGUUCUUUCUUACACGUCAAAAAAGACAAAACAGCAGGUCCAGUACAUUAAAUCCAUUAAAUGUUGCGGGUGAAAACUAUAGCGUUUGGGGGAAUUUGGAGUAUCUUAAGAAAUUUGCAAUGACUGACCAAGUAUCAUGUCCAUAAGAUACAGUCUGACUACAUGGGUUUCGCAUAAAUGUUAUUGAUUCAAUGCAGUACGAUCGUAUACCUAAGUAUUCUUUUGCCACUGUGCUUUAUACUAAAAGCUUGAAUCUUUGAACAAUGAUUUACAAUGAGUUUGAAAAGAGCCAUUAUAUAGAAAUCAUACAAAUGUUGAGCAUGACAGCUUAUUGCCUCCAUGAAAUGUCAUGGAGGUUAUAUUUUCAGCAGCUUUUGUCUGUAUGUGUUCAAGAUAACUCAAGAACGGCUGGGUGUUGUGUUGGUAGAGUGUGAGGAAACCUGGAAUUGAUUAGAUGUUGGGCCCCCUAGCGGCUUCCCUUGGUACUGCAGUCCAACUUUCGGUUUUUCUAUCUCGUGUUCUAAACAAGAUAUGGUCACGAUUUUAAGGUGUUGAAUUUUGUGUUCAGGAAUAAGUGACAUAAGUUUGGGCCCCCUACCUACUAGGAUUGGGAUAGCAAGGGAAUUUUUUGUCAAAAACUUGACCCAGGCAAAAU